AUGGAUGGAGAUGAAGAUAUGAACUUCUGUUGUUUGAGAUUGGAUGAGAAAGAUAUGUGGCGCAAGGAGGUGCACCUGCACCUCCGGUCGCCGGAAAUCACCAUUAGAGGUGCUGGAGUUGCACAUCUGCUUCAGACCAGCAACGCACAUAAGGUGUUCGAUGAAAUGCGCAAGAGACUGCCUGCGCUGCCUGCCUGCUACUGUGCACGCUGCGAGCAACGCGCGCAUGUUUUUUUUAAACCAAGAGCUGCGAAUUCGAGUAUUCGGGUUCCGGCAAGAGCUGCGAAUGAAUUGGGUGUAUUUGGAGAUGCCAUAGAAGAUGUUGCAUUGACUUGGUCAACGCCUGAUUAUAGAGUUUGCAAAACCAGUGGGAGAGAUUGUGGGUUAAACAGAGAUAGUCAGAUUGUCUGCUCUGAUCCUAAGGCUAAAAGAAAAGUGGCUAAUGCUAUUAGUCACCAUCUUUCAGUGCCCACAAACAUUAGAUUUACCCGGGAAGAACAUUUCAUUUCCCGGUCAUUCUCUUCUCAACCUUCCUCACUCAUCUUCACCAGCCCAUCCUCUUCUCAGUCCUUGAAGACCCAUCGGCUUGUUCCUGCUUGA